AGACAUACGAUAGGGCUAUAUAUAUAACUGCUCUCCUUCCCUCUCUCUGACUGUUAGAGGGGAUAGGUGUGAGUGAGGAUGUCUCUGCUGUUCUUGUGGUCUCUGUCUGCCUCAGUCUCUUCCCUCUCCCUCACACUCACCCCCUCCUCCACCCUAGCCCCAGACCCAGAGUGUGUUCUGCAGAGUGACUUUGAGCCUGUGUUCGUGGCUGAUGGUGACUUUGUCAUUGGGGGUAUUUUCCCCCUGCACUACAACCAGGAGAUGCCAGACGUCAACUACACCUACAGACCAACAGCAGUCAGGUGCAAUGGGUUUGACCCGAGGGCGUUCCGCUGGGCUCAGACCAUGAGGCUGGCAGUGGAGGAGAUCAACCAGAAUGAGCAGCUGCUGCCCAACCACACGCUGGGCUACAAGAUCUUUGACUCGUGUGCCUAUCCUCUGACGGGGCAGAGGGCUGCACUGGCUGUGUUGAACGGACUGGACCAGGCGCACAGUCACAUGUGUUCUGGUGCCUCUCCUCUCCUGGCCGUCAUUGGAGAAUCGGGUUCUGCUCAGUCUAUUGUUGUGUCCAGAAUCCUGCAGCCCUUUAAAAUACCCAUGAUCAGCUACUUCUCGUCGUGUGCGUGCCUCAGUGACAGGAGGGAGUACCCCACCUUCUUCAGAGUGAUCCCCAACGAUGACUACCAGGUGAAGGCUAUGGCUCAGCUGCUGGUGCGGUAUGACUGGCGCUGGGUGGGGGUGGUACGUGGGGACCAUGAAUAUGGGCACUUCGCCCUACAGGGGCUGCUGAGGGAGCUGAAGGGGACGGGGGUGUGUGUGGCCUACCAGGAGAUGAUCCCUCUACUCUAUAACCAGCAGAGGGCGAUGGAGAUCAUAGAGGUCAUGCGUAGCUCCACAGCCAGGGUAGUGGUGGUGUUCUCUGCCGAGGGGGAAAUGACUCCCUUCCUGAAGGACUACAUGGCACAGAACAUUACAGGGAUCCAGUGGGUGGCCAGCGAGGCCUGGGUCACCGCCUCUCUCUUCACCACCAGCGAGUACUUCCCCUACCUGGGGGGCACCAUUGGCUUUGGGAUAAGGACGGGACAAGUCCCAGGGCUCAGGGACUACCUGCAGACGGUGAACCCCGGGAGCCCCCUGCUGCCCCCCUGCUCAGGGCAGGAGACUCUCCUGAAGCAACACUCAGCCUACAUGAACACGUCCAGCCCCAGAGUGGCCUACAAUGUGUACAAGGCUGUGUACGCCAUCGCCCACUCCCUGAACAACCUCCUCCACUGCCAGCCAAGGGCAGGACCCUUCAACAACCACACCUGCGCUCACAGCAACAACGUACAACCCUGGCAGCUGCAGCACUAUAUACAGGAAGUUGCCUUUUCCAUUUCUGGGGAGGAGGUGAACUUUGACCUGAAAGGGGAUUCCAUCCCCUACUAUGACAUCAUCAACUGGCAGAGAGGCUCAGGUGGGAACAUGGAGUUCAUCAACGUGGGUCUGUUCGACGGUGCAAAGGACUCUGGGAAGGAGUUGGUGAUCCAGGAAGAGAAGAUAGUGGUGGUCUCCGUGUGCAGUGCCAGCUGUGCUCCAGGAUCCAGGAAGGCUGUCCGUCGUGGGGAGCCUCUGUGCUGCUUUGACUGUGUACCAUGUGACAGCGGCAAGAUUAGUAAUCAGACAGAUUCUAUAGACUGCACAGAAUGUCCCGAGGACUACUGGUCAAACGCUGAUGGAACAUUGUGCAUCCCCAAAGUGGUGGAGUUCCUUUCCCAUGAUGCAAUGGGGAUAGCCCUGACGGUGAUCGCUGUAGUGGGCGCCUGUCUGACCGUGUCCGUCCUGGCGGUCUUCCUCCAUCACAGGACCACUCCCAUUGUCCGCGUCAACAACUCUGAGCUGAGUUUCUUUAUCCUUUUCUCCCUGACCCUGUGCUUCCUGUGUGCGCUGAUGUUCAUCGGGGAGCCCACCUCCUGGUCCUGCAUGCUGCGCCACACCACCUUCAGCAUCACCUUCUCCCUCUGCAUCUCCUGCAUCCUGGGCAAAACUCUGGUGGUCCUGGCUGUCUUCACUUCCACCAGGCCUGGGAACAACAUCAUGAAGUGGCUGGGGCCCAAACAGCAGAGGGUCAUCAUCUUCUGCUGCACCCUGGUUCAGGUGCUGAUCUGUGCUGCCUGGCUCAUCGCUGCCCCUCCCUACCCAUCCAGAAACACCCAGGACCAACGCUCUAAGAUUAUUCUGGAGUGCAGUGUGGGCUCUCAACUGGCCUUCUGGUGCGUUCUGGGAUACAUCGGCCUCUUGGCCUGUCUGUGCUUCAUCCUGGCAUUUCUGGCCCGGAAACUGCCGGGCAACUUCAACGAGGCCAAGUUCAUCACCUUCAGCAUGCUGAUCUUCUGUGCCGUGUGGAUCUCCUUCAUCCCAGCCUACGUCAGCUCUCCUGGAAAGUACACAGUAGCUGUAGAGAUCUUUGCCAUCCUGGCCUCCAGCUUUGGGCUGCUGUUCUGUCUGUUUGCUCCGAAGUGUUACAUCAUCCUCCUGAGACCAGAGAGAAACAUUAAACAACAUAUCAUGGGGAAUAAAAAGUAGUUAAUGAGUAAUGAAAAAUGUAUUUUUCCUUAUGUAUAUGCUU